AUGAUCAUGGGACUACCAGGACGGUUUAUUCGGGGUUAUGCCAUCGAUAUCCAUCAAAAUACCCAACCUACCACUUCAUUGGCACAGACGAUUGAGGCUAUGGUCCACCGGGGACCCGAUUUCCUCGAAAUACCACCAAAUACAGGUACUUCUACGGUGUCAGUGGACGAGGGUGAAAUAUCGUCUAAACUGGCGGAAAACCUGAUUACCGAGAUUGUUGAGGAUAACUAUACACUACCACCGUCUCGGGGUUCAAUUAUCGAGUACUAUACCUGGGGGAAACCCUCGAAAACCGUCGGUAUAGUUGUCCGCGAUGUCCAGCUGAAAUUCAACGAAAACUACAAUACCGUGGUGGUUUUAACUCUGGAAAACGAGCUCGAGUUUGUUUCGGGCCAGCAGGUGACGUUCCACUGGCACCAGGUGGUGGAUAGCGGCUGGUUGGCGUGUGAGGCGAUUAUGGAAAACCGCUUCAACACCGAGUUUCCCCUAAGAAAACGGGCCGUUGCCAUUACCCGAUCGUUUAUUAAAGGCUUGGAGACCAUUCUGAGUCAGUUGAGUUACGAGGUGGAGCGCACCUACGCCCAAUACGCCCAGUCUCACCAGGCGGUGGCGGUGGGGCUUGUCCAGAUUUUGGAGAGCUGUAAGCUUCCAGAGCUGGUGUUACCGCUCUUAUGGAAGUCGUACUGGCACCAGCAACUUGUGAUUGGAGGUCUCUACCGCGCCGUGUGCCGCCUGAGCCUGUGGGUCGUCCCCUCUUCGGUCGUUUUCGGGCCGUUACUGGCGUGGCACGAGACCAAUUGUGGGUCUCGGGGUUGUCUGAACGAAGUGAUGAAACGGCCAGUAUUUCUUGCUAAUCUGGUGGAGAAUACCGCGGCAAUUGCCACGCUUAAAUGUGAUUUACAGCAGGAAGAAGCGCUUAAAUCGUACCAGAAUUUCAUUAAAACCACCGUGAAUAACUUACCCGAGACUAACCGAGUGUCCCAUUUGACGGCGUGGUUCGGUAUCUGGGACGGGAAGCAGUUCCAGCCCCUUUUGACGGCAUUGAAAUUGGUGGCGAUAUACCCCCAUCCAGAAGUAUCGGCGAUGCUAUCUCAACUUGAGCCGUUUAGCGAUGGAACCCAGGCGUCGGUCCUCCAGUUUCUUCGUCUGAUUGGCUUGUAUUCCGAUAAAACGGAUAUGUGGCGCAGUGCCUCGAUGGGGGGCCCCCUCGCCAACAUGGCCAUUGUCGUCGACCGAAACCAAAAACAGAUACAACAAACCAAUACUAAGGUUGUGGUUGACGACUUAAAUGACAAGUUCCGUCACUUGCGCCAGAAACACCGGUUUGGCGAUGCUACUCCCAUUUUCGUGGUUCUGCCUGGGGUGGGAGUUUCGCUUGAAAAAGUCAAUCUGCGCAACUACCGAGUCAAUAUCCACGUCCCCGACGUCAUGGCUCGGUUGUGUCCCAAUCUGGACGAGUUUGAUAGCAUUUUGGGGGUGGAAUCGCUGUCGGUGUCAGAAGUGCUUACUCGGUUUAAAUUACACUUUCAGGCUCAGGGACAACUGGAAGGGGUUGAUUACAUGGCUGCACAUCAAUUAUGGCAGCAGAAACCGCAAUCGCCGACCCAGGCGACGUGUAUGACCCUCUCAUUGGCCUAUAACACCUAUGAGCUGAACCCGUUUAAAGACGUUGAAAAUAAAGCGGAAGUGACUCUCGACACUCUUGGUGCUGCCACGAUUAAGAUGCUUUCAAAAACUGAGCUUGAGGAGUGUUUAGCGGGUAAAUUAGAGCCGAGUCCGUUGCGGCUCUUCCGACCACGUGAUCCACAACCACGUAAACUCUCGCCCAGCGACUGUCACGACUUACGCUUCAUAUACCUGGUACUCCAAACGCAUUUUAAGACGAGAAACCACCAGGGGGCAUUGAUGGUGGAGCCUCCACUUGAAGGGAUUAACGAGAGAAGUAACCUAUUCAUUGCCGAAGUGGACCAAUUAGCAUCAACGAUCGCUUCAUCGUUUGCCCAGAGGAACCAGGUGGCCAUGGUCUACCAAACACAACAAAUCUUGGACUCUUUAAGCUCGGAUUCGGUGGUGGUUUCGCACCAUAAUAACCAGUUUUUGCCGCAAUACCUGGCCCAGCUGUUUUACCAGACGCUUUUAGCACGUGACCACAGAGGCUACGUCUCCAAGCCGGCAGAAGUGAUUGGCAAUCAAUUUUUGGCCUCCCCCAGACUUUCAGUGGUGGGGGGGAUGCACCAGAGGUAUGGUAGUAGUGGGGGUUAUUGUGCGAUAACUCAAGGGCAAGCAGUGGCAGUGCUCCUCAACCAGCUCCAGUUGGUGUAUACCGUCCACCACAACUUCCUCAGGGGCAAUACCACUAAGAGACACUAUACUUACCUCAGGGGUUAUGGCUAUAGACAACUGGCGAUGCUGGUGCGGAUGGUGCUGGCGCUUCUAGCUCAAGUCCAACGGUGUCAUGACCAAAUCGAGGCUGGGAAAAGGGCUAAACGGAGCUCUAUGGUGGAGGUCGACGAGGUGGGGGGUGGUUCUGAAGUGGUAAUCACCCAUGGCGGCCAGUAUCUUCGUGAAUUAGACCAUCGGGUUCUGAUGGGAUACCACUUGAGGAUGGGUCAUGAAGUGAUGGUUUUAACCAAGAAUGAUGUCAUCCACCAGUUGGGAGGAGUGGUGGAGGUUGAAGAAGCCUACCGUGACCGGUUUGGCCGGUUUACCGUCUUUGUUGAGGUGGAGUAA